GCGCGGCAGGGCCCGGCCGGACCCCCCGGGACCCGCGGCAGGGCCGGGGCAGACCCAGAGCGCGCACAAGUAUAAAAAAAAUUAAAAAAAAAAAUGGAAGAGGAUAAGAAAAAGAAGAAACCAGAAGAGCAAGUUCAAGAACCUGAAUCAGAUUUACCAGAAGCCUUACUAGAAUAUCACAUUGUGGCAAAAGACGCAGCAAUUGAACGGGUUUUGUUUCAUCUGGAAGAGUUGGAAGAAACGAUCAAAGAAAAUCUUAAAAGAAAUGUUGUUCUGAAGGAGGAACAGAAGGUGCUUAUCAGAUGCUUAGUAAGACAAAUAGAAGAAAAGGAGAACAAACGAGAUGACAAGGAGGUUGUAACCAGGGAUGAUGUGGAAGAGUCACUGAAAGCAGUUUUUCAGUUUGUGAAGGACAAAGAACAACUUCUUCAAGAUCUACGCUCCCAAAUUGAAGAAACUAAGAAAAUAAUUUCAGAAAAGCAGCGUGAGAGAGAUUAUUGGUUGGAGUACAAAAAUGUCGGAAGUAAAAUACAUGCUGAGAAGAUCAGCAGUCUGGAAAAAGACAUUGCAGAAGUCAAAUAUGAACUUGAAAGAACUGAAGAAUAUUAUAGAGAAGCUUUGAAGGUAGUGAGAGAAGAAAAUCAGAAACUGUUUGACAGACACAUGAAGUUACUCAGUGAAGAGGCUCUUAAGAAUGCUGUGGGAUACUUAGACAAACACUGUCGCAGAGAGAUUGAAGAGAAUGAGUGGCUAAAAGAAGAGGUUAAGAUCUACCGAAAGGCACAUAGUGAUUUGGAAGCUUCUGUUCAGCUCCUGGAAGAAGAAAAUACCAGCUUAGUGGCAAAACUGAUUGAUACCAAACUUCAGCAUCUGAGAGUACAAGGGCAUUUGUUUCAUACAAAGGGAGCUGGCUUGCAAGAAGAGCUUCCAAAGGAUGAAAUGAAAAGGGAAAAUAGAGUAUAUGCAGCAAAGGCAGAUGGAAAGAGCCUCAGAAGUGCCUUUCCAAAGAUUCUGCCUAAAACAGAUUAUGAGAAGCCUCAAGACAGUGAUGAAGAGCUGUGGAAAAAAUUCUUCUCUCCAGCUCUGGACAGUUCAUUGUGUGAAGAUGAAGAUUUCCAGGCAUACUCAAAACUGGGACCUCUGAAGAGAAGGCUGUAUGUGGUUGGAGAAGCUGCGCCUACUUGUAAGGAACCAGAAGAAAUGCCAAGCAGGAGUCACAAAGAAGAGGACACUUUUGGUAAAUCAGAUGGGCAUAUCACAGCUGAGAUGAUCAAGGCUUUAUUUAAGGAAAAUGUUGAUGAAAACUAGACAAGCUCUGCUGUUGACACAGAAGUGUAACAUUCUCAGUUCAUUAAAUAUUUGCUCUCUUCUGUGUGGCAUGGGGCUUUGAGGAAAUACUUUAGAGUGCCUGAAUCAUGAUUAUAAGUUUCAUGAGAGGUAUGUCUGUGUGCAGAGGCUAAUUGAAAAGUUCCUUUUCUUACCACUGAGAGAGGUCUUGUGCACUUUUUGGGGUAUUCAGUCCACAUAGCAGCACAUAUAUCUACUAAAAGAUCCAAACUACUAUUUAGUUUGUAUGGUCUCCACUUGCAGUGUGGAAUUCCCUCUUGAUCAGACAGUGAAGGGGUAAAUGCAGGCUGCCAUAGAACAUAGAACUGUUACAAAAUACUUAAUACUCUGCUAAAGCAGAAUUCAUUUAUGCAAACAUAAUUCAACUAUUGCUAUAAAUUGAGUGUUUGAAUGCUUUUUUAUCUGUCUCCAUAAGACCCCUACUUAAAUACAUGGAAAUAAACAAAAAAUAAUUUAAAAACAAUUUAAAACCAGCAUAAAAAUCUCUAAGGUCUUAAAUACUUUGUUUAGAAUUGGCCAAAUAUAUUGUGUAAGCCCAUGUCCUUGGUUUGUGGCUGGUCUCUGUGAACAUGUAUCUUAGUGCAUUGAUGCAGUGGGGAGGUUUCCCUCUGGUUCCUUCUCAGAAGCACACAACAGUUCCUUCUCACAUGUAGGCUCUGACCCAUGCAUUUCCUCACUAGAAACUUGUGACAGUAUUGAAUAAUCGGAUUUAAACCCUUGCCAGGUUAAUCAGCUGUUUGGAAUAAAGAUUUUUUAAAAAUUUA